AUGUCAAAGUCGGUUUCAAUCAAAUCUCCGGGUCCCGUCAGGAACUCGUCAUCAAAGGCAAACAACUCCAGCAAGCCUGGCUCCAGGAACGGACUUCCGCCAGCGCCCCAGCUCUUCGCGGUAAAGUACGUCAUCGACGCUGACGUCAUUAAAUGCCCCGCGUGCAUGGAAGUGUUCAAAUCGCCGAGGGUUUUACCUUGCGGUCAUUCCAUGUGUUACGAAUGCCUCAACUCGCUGAUCAUAUGCUCUGAGUCGACCAAAACAAAAGAACACUUUUUGUGCCCUGUUUGUCAUAAAAACACCUUUCCCCGUGAUAGCAAACUAUCAAGGCAGAAAUGGGCGCAACAUUUUCCGGUUAAUUCCACGAUUCUGAGAUUACUUCGUAACGCUUCAGUAAAGAACGCAGGCGAUCCUGGAACGCACAAAGCAUUCUGCGAAACAUGUCUGAUGAAUAACAGAACAAAAAGCUGUAACUAUUUCUGCAGUACGUGUCUGCAACACAUAUGUGAUAUGUGCCACAAGUACCACAUCACACAGGAAGAGACGAAAGACCACGAGAUGGUAUUUUUAGGAGGGAGCAAAGAGGAAAUAUCCGACCACGGCAAGCAUGACUCGAACGGUAAGACAGAAUGGAGAGCGCGCAGGGUGUCCGAAAUCAACAACGCCGUGGAAGAGACAGGCUUGAAGCCCGCUAGCCGGGACGGGAAGCUCGCUCCUAUCACCGCCAGAACUGUGACCGCUGCGGACACCGUCACCCAAAAGUGUGCCAUGAAAUUAGGCUUCUUUAACGGGAAGGCUCCGAGUGAUUCGGCAACCUGUGACUUUAGGGCCGUAGCCUUUCUCACCAACAACAAAGUCGCGGUGGCGGAUCUCGGCAAUAAAAAGCUGAAAGUGUUUGACAUAACGCACAAAUCCAGAGUGGAAUUGAUAUGUGAUAUUAUGCUGCGGGCAAAUCCAUACCAUAUGUGCCGGGUGGACGAUAGCGCGGUUGCCGUAGUGACGGAGCGAUCCAACCAGUACCACAUCCGCUUGUUUACCGUCCGCGACAAAAUUCAUCACUUUGUUCACCGGUCAAUUGACGGAAUACCUUUAGGAAUAGGAUAUCUGAACAACACGUUCCUUUGUUCGUUCCUUGAAGACUCGGCAAUUCAUAAAUAUAAGAUAUCUCGGGCUCAGCAGAUUAAAGGCGGCACGAUCAAACAUGACAGAACCGGAAAUGACUUAUUCCGACAACCCAGCAGUAUGUGCGCAGGUCUCUGGCGCGGGAUUCACGUUCUUUACAUCGCAGACGAGACUGAGUUUGGAGUAACGGUAACUUCCAUCGACACCAGAGGCGAUCGAAAAGCGUCCGUGUUUUUCGACCUUCCGGUAAAUCCAUCGCGUCUCUCAAAAACAUCGGCGAAUGGCGUCAGCAAAACUGGACAACGAAAUAAGAGCAAUAGUGCGCAAAUUUCAAAGAAAGAAAAUGUUUCUCCAAGCGAUACACUCCCUGGAAAAACAGCUCGUUCUGCAAAACAAAGAGCGCAGAAUCAGUCAAAGCCUUCGACGACCCACGUGAGCGGUCGCCAUACGUUCCGGCGCGUAGAUGACCUCGGGCAGAGUAUACCGGAGUGCAAAAGCGGCCGCGAAAUCGAGCGUACGCCGAUACCAAACGCUCUGAAAAACGAUCUGUCCCUCGAUUUGUCAAAGAUAACAAGUACACUCGACGGAAACGACGUUGACCUGAACAAUACAAUCGCAAAAUCACCGACGAAAAAGACGCUUCGCGGCGAAUCAAAGGCGGUCGAACGCGCUGGGCUUUCACGACCCGUCGGCAAAGUGCGACCCCUGUCAUUGAACGAAACAUACACCGCGAAGGCCUCCACCGGAAAUGCACAGCAGCAACUAAAUUCUACCAUUGCCUCGGGGUCGACCAUGGAUACAACGGGGACUUCGGUCCCGCCGAGACUGAUUUUGAACGCCGACAGCAUUGAAGUAGACAACAGCGGCAAUAUCUACGUCUGCAUGUCGAAGAGCAACGCGAUUCACCAGAUGUCGCCUGAUGGCAAAAUAAAGAUAGAACUUCUCUCGGAGCAAGAUGGGCUUGUGGCUCCAAAAGUCGUCUGCUUCUCGCCUAAAAACGACUUCUUUCUCGUCACGUGCCUGAAGACUAACCGCGUGCUCAUGUUCAAAUUGAAAUAACCAUAGGAGCGUCGAUGGACAUAAAGAUGAUUUUUCAGAACUUAAUGGUGUAAUAAUUGUUCUUAGAUGAACUCUAAGGAGCGUUGUAACUAAGGACUCAGUAAAUAAAAUGAAUUGUUCUUAUUUAUUAUGUAUUACAUGUGGAUAGUUACAAUAGUUCUUGUUUACUCUUAUGUUUCUUAAAAGGACCUAUGU